AUGGAAUUUGCAGAAAAAAUCGGAGAUUACGUAGUUGAAAGAGUUCUAGGCUCAGGAAGUUGUGGUAAAGUUAAAUUAGCCAGAAAUAUGCAGACAGGACAAUUUGCAGCGAUAAAAAUUAUCAAAAAAUCAUUUUUCGAAAGCAAACCAAAUAUCAAAGAGAAAAUUCAACGAGAAGUUGCGGUUAUGCGCAUAUUUAAGCAUAGUCGAUUACUAAAAUUAUUAGAAAUCUGCGAAAGUCCUCAUCAUAUUUAUUUAGUACUUGAAUAUGCAUCGAAUGGAGAGUUAUUUGAUUACUUAAUCAGUCGAGGCUGCCUAUCCGAGGCGGAAGCCAUGCAUUUCUUUAGACAAAUCAUAUUCGGCAUCGAUUUUCUUCAUUCCAGAUCAAUUUGUCAUAGAGAUAUUAAGCCAGAGAAUCUUCUCUUAGAUGAACACAACAAUAUUAAGAUAGCUGACUUCGGUUUUGCUAGAAUUGCAAGUUCUGAUCCUCUUACCACUUAUUGUGGUUCAAUUUACUACGCAGCUCCAGAAAUCGUCAAUGGAGUUCCAUACCAUGGGUUCCCUGCUGAUAUUUGGAGCUGUGGAAUUGUAUUAUACACAUUAUUAACAGGUAAACUUCCAUUCCAAGAUCCAGCAUACAGAAAAACAGUUGAAAAGAUUAAAUCUGGACAUUACGUGAUGCCUGACGUUUCCGAUCCAAUUAACGAUCUUCUUGCAAACUGUCUUAACUCCGAUCCCAACAGUCGCUUUACUACAGCCCAAAUCAAAGCACAUCCAGCUUUCCGCAUUGGUCUUCCUGAAGAUUACAUUCUUCCAAAGCCUCUUCCAAUUCCUUUCUACUCCGAUCCCAUUCUCCGUGAAGAGUUAGACCACAACGCUAUUAUAACACUCACACAGAUGGGAUAUUCCUCGCAGGAAGAGAUAGAAUCACAGCUCCAAACACAAGGAUCUUCGAUGGCGAAGGUUUUGUAUUUCAUGCUGAUUACACAAGGUUCAAUUGAUUCUCUUCCAUGGCAAUUCACUGAGAACCAAGACAUGAUGAUGCCUAUGGAUAAUUCCGGAAUGGAAAUGGAAUCAAACCAAGUGUUCGGAGCAGGUUCUUUGGAUUCUUACGGGCGAAGAAGACAAAACACUUAUGAUGUCAGUUCUCCUGAAGUUUAUUCACUCGCGACAAGGGCACAAUGGGGAAAUUUCCCGAACAAAGAAUAUCCUCAAGAAGUAGUUCAGCCUUUUGUCGAUAUACAAUUGCCAGCAGAAGUAAUCUUGGCUCACAUGCAACAGUUGCUCUCCAAUCUCUGCUUCAAAUGGUUCCAUCCUGAUGAUAUGACAAUCAUCGCAAGAAGACUUGAAGACAGAGCAACAAUCGUUGUAACAUUAGAAUACACGGCUGAGGAGUGGAUAACAAUGAAUUUGAGCUACUCGGAGAUAGAACAAUCUGAAAUAUAUGUUCUCAAUGAUACAGUUCUUAAUAUGUUAAGUGAAUUUUAG